GGCAGGGAGGCCGGCCGGCCGGGCGAGCGAGCCGGCGGGUGCGCACUUUGCGGCGGACUUUGCGAGUGUUUGUGGAUACAUUUCCAUGCCAAGCCGUCAAGAUGAUGUCCAUGAACAGCAAGCAGCCUCACUUUGCCAUGCAUCCCACCCUCCCUGAGCACAAGUACCCGUCGCUGCACUCCAGCUCCGAGGCCAUCCGGCGGGCCUGCCUGCCCACGCCGCCGCUGCAGAGCAACCUCUUCGCCAGCCUGGACGAGACGCUGCUGGCGCGGGCCGAGGCGCUGGCGGCCGUGGACAUCGCGGUGUCCCAGGGCAAGAGCCACCCCUUCAAGCCGGACGCCACGUACCACACGAUGAACAGCGUGCCCUGCACGUCCACGUCCACCGUGCCCCUGGCGCACCACCACCACCACCACCACCACCACCAGGCGCUCGAGCCCGGCGAUCUGCUGGACCACAUCUCGUCGCCGUCGCUCGCGCUCAUGGCCGGCGCGGGGGGCGCGGGCGCGGCGGGCGGCGGCGGCGGCGCCCACGACGGCCCCGGGGGCGGCGGCGGCCCGGGGGGCGGCGGUGGCCCGGGCGGCGGCGGCCCCGGGGGUGGCGGCGGCGGCGGCGGCCCGGGGGGCGGCGGCGGCCCGGGCGGCGGGCUCUUGGGCGGCUCGGCGCACCCGCACCCGCACAUGCACGGCCUGGGCCACCUGUCGCACCCGGCGGCCGCGGCCGCCAUGAACAUGCCGUCCGGGCUGCCGCACCCGGGGCUGGUGGCCGCGGCCGCACACCACGGCGCGGCGGCGGCGGCGGCGGCGGCGGCGGCCGGGCAGGUGGCGGCCGCGUCGGCGGCGGCGGCGGUGGUGGGCGCGGCGGGCCUGGCGUCCAUCUGCGACUCGGACACGGACCCGCGCGAGCUCGAGGCGUUCGCCGAGCGCUUCAAGCAGCGGCGCAUCAAGCUGGGCGUGACGCAGGCCGACGUGGGCUCGGCGCUGGCCAACCUCAAGAUCCCGGGCGUGGGCUCGCUCAGCCAGAGCACCAUCUGCAGGUUCGAGUCGCUCACGCUCUCGCACAACAACAUGAUCGCGCUCAAGCCCAUCCUGCAGGCGUGGCUGGAGGAGGCCGAGGGCGCCCAGCGGGAGAAAAUGAACAAGCCCGAGCUCUUCAACGGCGGCGAGAAGAAGCGCAAGCGGACUUCCAUCGCCGCGCCGGAGAAGCGCUCCCUCGAGGCCUACUUUGCGGUACAACCCCGGCCCUCGUCGGAGAAGAUCGCCGCCAUCGCCGAGAAACUGGACCUCAAAAAGAACGUGGUGCGGGUGUGGUUUUGCAACCAGAGACAGAAGCAGAAGCGGAUGAAAUUCUCUGCCACUUACUGAGGAGGGUGUGAGGUGCCGGGUGGGGCAGACUGGGGAGCUGAGGGGUGCGUUUCUUCUCCUCUGGCCUACUUCCCCUCAUUUAGAGUGUCCGUUAUCCUGCCUGCGUUUGGGGAGCCCCUUCUCUCGCCCUUUCCUCAGCCCCACUCUGCACCCUGCCCCAACCGUCCCCCAGCCUAGAGGACAGGGGUGCUGGAUGUGGAGAAGGAUGGGAUGGUAGGAGAGAAUUGGGAGGCAUUUGGGUGAGCAGGGCGUGGGGGGAAGGAGAGCAAAGACUAGAGCCGGGGUUUUGAGGUGCAGGAUGGUUCUGGGGACUAGGGUGGGGGGGAAAGAUGGGGGAAGAACCGGGGAUGGACUGUUUUCUUGACCAGAGACACUUAUCAAAAUCAUCUGGGGACCAAGGAACUAUGUACAAAGACAAAACUACCAACCACCACCAAAAACAAAACAAAACAUAAAACCCUAGGCAAAUAAAGAAGGGGAAAAUGUCAAAGAAAGAUGCUUUAGGAAUUUAAGUCCGGGGAGCAGUGUUGUGCAACUUCAUUUACCCCAAAGGAAGAGAAAAGAGCAAUAUCAUUUCUACCACCGCCCCAACUCCGCACACACACAAGUGAGUCCUAAGUGAAAACCAAGCAAACUGGAGCAUGGAAUUCCGGAUAGGAAGCUAGUUGUUCUGUGUUUAAUUUUCCCUUCUGAAAUCUGACAUCCUCACAUCCAUACCCUCUUAGAUUUAUUUCCCUUUCCAAAGAGAUGCCAAGGCUUUGCCCCAGCUCAGGAAGGCCCUGGAGCUCAGCUGGAAGGAGUUAGGAGAGCGGCUGGUUGUAUGAACUGAACCUUCCUUUCCAGGAGGCGGAUGCCAAAGUCCUGGGGCCUGUUCUUGGUCAGGUGAGGAUCCUUAAGCAAUGAGAGUCUAAACGACAGAAAUUAAGGUCUCUGGAAUAAGUGUUUUAUUCUGGGAUAAUUACAUGAUAACAGCUACAGUAUGAUUUUUUUCUUUUUCAUUUUUGUUCAUGUAUGCAUGAACAGAUUAUCUGAAAAUAUUUUUUUUUUCUCUCAACCCCACUGAUAGAACUUUACCUUAGCCGGCCCUUUGUUUUUCAUUCUGCAUUCAAACUAUCUGCUGAGUUGACACUCCUUGCUAUUAAUUUAAAUGGAAUGAUAGGGUGAAAAGUCUUAGGAGAAGAACUUCCAUGUUCAGUUUUCUCCCCUGAGUAAGACUCAUCCUACUAUUCUAGGCCCCCUUUCUCUGUCUCUGGGAAGAACAUGAAGUUGUUGAAAAGCUGAGAAGUUUCUGCUUUCAUUUGGGGGCAGAAGUUGGCUGUAAGAAAAAUCACCCACAAUCCCAGAAGAGAGGAAGACUUCAAAGAUAUAAAGACACCCCCCCCUCGCUUUAUUUGUCUGAAAUAGGUCUGCACGUCCCUGGGGAAAGCAGGACACUUGUUCCCUUCUUCUUGUUGUUAUUCAGGGUCAUUUAUUACUGGGGAUAAAUGUUGAGUUGCAGAAACUUUAGUUUGCACUAUGAGUUUCCAAAAUAGAAAAACAUAUAUGGUAUUUCGUACUAACAACCCAAGCUGCUGAUGGAUUUAAAAAAAAAAAUGAGAAAGAGAGUUGAAGGUGGUUUGGUGAAAUGCCUGCUUUGUGUACAAGAUACUAUUGGAUCUCACGUGGAGAUGGUUUGUUACUAACGUUUAACCCUAGCUAAAGGUGAACACAGAACAAAUGAGGGGGAAACACUACUGUUUAACAAGACUGAAACCAUGCAUGAUUCGAGAGGUGCAGAAAGAAAUACGAUUAGGUCUUACUCUGGUUAGGCGUUGUUUUAAUUAUGUUGUAUAUCAUUGUUUGCAGCACAAACAUUCUAUGCAUUUGAAACUGAGCACUAAACUGGGCUAGCUUUCUGGUAGACCGUUUUGUGGAUAGUGUGAUUUCACAGUCUACUGCCUGUUUCCACUGAGAACACAGCAUUAUUGUAAAUAUUUUCUUUCGUGCACAGGCUCACACAGUGGUUACAAACUGCCAGUGUUAAUCCUGCAAUGUCUCACUGACUGCCGCUCCUGUCCAUGUUGUGUCUGCAGAGCUUUCUCCUUGGUUGUGUCUUUGCUCUAUUGCCCCCCACCCCCCUUCUAUCAGAACCAUUUCUGUGCGCCAACAUACAACAGGGAGAUGUGUCCCAGAACACUUACAAAUAAAACAUAACUGAAAGAAGAGCAGUUUUAUGGUUCGGGUGCAUUUUUGUGUUUACAUUGAGCCAAGUGCUGGUAGAGCUGUUCAACAAAUGAGACAAGACAACCAAAAACACCAAACCAAACCAAACAAACCCUUAACCAAACAAAUUAACAACAAACAAGAAGGGGGAAUAAGGGGACGUCAAAAGAAGCGGAAGGAUGAGAUAGAUUUUUGGUUUUGUUUUUGUUUUCUCUAAAUCAGAAUUAACUUUCAGAAAACUGGUGCUCCAAGUAAAAUGGAUUACUUGCCCAUUUUUAUCAGUGUUUUAAUUUUAUUUACAGAAACUCUUAAGCCACAGCACUUGAUUUGGAGUGGUGAUGGAAAGUUGUAAAUAGCCAGGCACCUGAAAAGCAUUUAGGUUGAAUCAGGGAUGCAGGCAUCUGGGUUUUGAAUGUGCUGUUCUACUCUAAAAACACUUCUAAAAAAUGUUGUAACUGAAUGACUUUUCGUUGACAGUUAAUAAAUUUUAAAAUUAUCCUUUGAUUUGUCCAGAUAACUUGUCAAAUGCUUCUCUUCACUUGGAACAUUUUGCUUACCACCUAAUGCUUCAGAUUGAGAAGAGAUUCUCUAUUUUGGGUGACCUGGUACUAGAUCAAAUGCCAAAUGUACAAACUUUCUUAGUAGUUGGGACUAUAUCCUCUGAAGUCAUCCUAUUUUAGCUAAAUCUUUUUGAUUUCACCGGCAUAUCUGUGAAAGAAAAGUGAUGUUCAGAAAAGAAUAGUACAUUUUAAAAAGGUGUGAUUUUAAAACAGUUGUUAAUAUUUUAAAAAGCACUAGAGGUAUUUUUAAAAAUAGAUCUCUUCCAUCAAAAUUGAUUUGUUUCUGUUAUUGACUUGAAAUAUCAUCAGAGUUUCUAAUAAAAUACAUUUGUAAAAGAACACAUUAUUUUAUAGAAAAGUAUGACCAGAUUUCAUUGUUGGAGAUCCAGGAAUGAACAAAUAAAAAGAUUUACAAAGGUUGUUUUUCUAAUAAUCUGCUCAAACAGAAAUGUUGCAGGCAAAUACAUUUGUAUUAUAUAAUAAUGGAUAAUGUAUGUAUUAAGAAUUUAAGCAUUUGUUUUGUAUUAAGUAAAUCCUUGCCCAGUACAAAAAAGAAAAGACUAUUAUGUUAAUAAAACAUCAUGAAAACGCAUUGCUUUGCAGGGUUUCCUAUUUUAUGUAGUAGGAAACUGUGCAAAACAAAGCAAAAGUUUUGCUUUUUGGUGAGUGAAUGUGUAUACCGCAGGAAGGAAUGAUAUGACUCUUCUAUGUCUCCUUUAACUCUCAGUCCACGGAAAAUUUAAAGCAAAACUCCCGAAGAGAUGGCAAAGGUUUGCUGAUCUGUGGUAGUUUGGGUUUUCAAAGUUCUCUGGUCUGGAAUUCACACUAAGGGGAUUUCCUCCUGCAUCUGCUAAUGGGUGGAAAUAAAAGAGUGUGAUUCUGAACUCCUCUAAAGAACACAAGUUUCAGAGGGUUAGGAGAACUAAGCUCAGUUCUGUUUUAGAUUCUCAAGGCACGCAGCAGCAGAACAGGAAAGAGAAACAUAAAGAGAAAAAUAGGCAUGAAAUGCACCCGCCACAGUAAUGCUACUUUCCUCUUAAAUUGCUUUCCGAACUCUUCGUUGGGUUCUGUUUUUUUUUUUCUGUUGGUCUAAGAAAGGAUGCCCUCAGCAUCCAUCAGCUAACUUUUAGGUAGAUUUUUGUCUAAUGCGUGUUCUGAAAUCACUCUCAACUUCAAUUAUAAGCUGUUAAAUAAACCGUAGGCACCCA